AUGACCCCCUGGACUCGAUUUUUUCAUACUCCCGCCGCUCGCAGAACUUCUUCUUACUUCUCUUCUAAAGCAGGAAGUGGCAGAUACUUCAACUCUGCGAAACCAUUAUCAGCGCCAGCCACUCCGAAGAAGGCCACUGGCGUCGACAGCACAGAAUCUAGCAAGAAUGGUGUUACAGGGCAGGCUUUAAAAGUCGCGGAGGAAUCUUCAUCCAGCCGGCGAGAAAUGCUGACGCGUUCAAGCGUGCCCGAAUUUGUGCCUUCUACUCAUCCAGUCAUCGGUGACAAGGACUUCAAGCUUCAUCAGUUCUUUUCUCUCCACAGACCUCUCCUCCUGCUGUCUGAUCCUCCGUCUAUCAUGCGCUCCUCGCCACCAACGAGCAUAUUCUCGUUGUCCAAACCGCCUUCUGCUCAUGCUCUUCCGGCCACCGAGGCAUCACCAGAAUUCGCGGCAGCUAGUGAUGCUGAGGCUGCACGGACCCUCGCGAGGGCUUUAGCCAUAAAUCAUGCUGGCGCCACUUUUGUGUGGGAGGAGACUCUGAAACAUAUAGGAUUGGAUGUCAAUUUAGAACCAGGGAGAGUGGGGUUGCAAGAGCGCUUGGACAAGGAACUUCAGGAAGUGAGGUUGGAUAGCACGAGGAGAAAGAAGAGAAAGAAGAUGAAGAAGCACAAGUUAGUUUUUCGUCUACGUUCUAUUUCUAUAUACUGA